GAUCAGCAUGUACUUUUUAUCUCACGAUGGCUGCUGUCGGUUUACUUUCAGUCGUCGGUGCAGGUGAGAGAAGAGCCGUUGAUCAUGGCUGAGGAUGUGACCGUGUCAGAGGAGACUUUAACAAGCGCUCUGACUCUGUUGGUCAACGUGAGCAAAGUCCUCCUGCAGACAGCCAAGCAGGACGCAGAAGACUCCCUGGAGACGUUUGUCCCGGAUAAGAUCACCACUCUACUCGGCCUGAUGGCAGCGGGAACAGACUUCUACAAAAGCCUCGGAGUGAAGAAGAAGAGUGAAGCUGAGGACCUUUGGCAGAAGUCUUAUCACCAUGCAGCAGUGAGAGAGCAGGUGGAGGAACUUCUGCAGCUGGAGAGUGAGUGGGACUCCUUCCUGGAGAGUGUGGACAGAGGUCUGCAGACACCAUACGGACAGCUGGCAGGAGGACAGAUAGCAGACAGCCUGAGCCCUGAUACUGCGUUCACUGAUGGACGGAGUGGAAAGAGCGUGACUCUGGGUCAGUUCCUGGGUCAGGGUCAGAAGCUGCUGCUGGUCCUCAUAAGACAUUUCGGAUGACUGCCGUGACGAGACCACGUGGCCGAGCUGGAGGCCAGUCAGGCUCUCCUGGAGGCUCGGUCAGUGCGGGUCUUAGUGGUUUCUUUUGGCGGUGUGGAGGGGGCUCAGGUGUGGCGGGAGCAGACUGGAUGUACCUUCGACAUGCUGCUGGAUCCACAGAGAAAGGUAUACAGGAAUUUUGGCCUUGGCUCGUCCUACGCCAAGGUGAUGAGGUUUGGCUGCCUGCUGAAGUACUCCGAGUACGGAGCUGUGGAAAGAGACUUCCCCGACGUCCCCUCUCACCUGCUGGAAGAUAUGUACCAGAUGGGAGGUGACUUUUUGCUGGAUGACACAGGGAGGGUCCUUCUUUCUCACCCGUCUAAAAACCCAAUGGACAGGCCGAGUGUGAAAGCCGUCCUGCAGGCCGUGGAGCCUUCAGGCUGCUCUCUGUAAAGAAACUACAAGCUGUCAAAGAUAUGUGAACAUUAGAGACACUCAGCCUGGGUGUU